AUGGCGCGCGAAGAAGGCGCGACGUCACCAGGUCCCCUGUCGCCGUACGUGACGCUGGGCGCGGUGCGGUACAGCGUGCGCCGCGUGCCGCCGCCGCGCGGCUGCCCCUGCCGCUGCUGCGACGACGCGCUGGCGGCGUGCCUCGGCCGCGCGAAGCCCGAGCGACGCACGCUGGAGCGCUUCCAGCGGCGCCUGGGCCGCGGCGCGCGCGACGAGCGGCCCACCCGCCACCAGCGGCUGCAGGACCUCACCAAGCGGCUGCUGCCACGCGCCCAACCGCCGCCCCCGCCGCCGCCGCCCCACUCAGCGCCCGUGCUGCCGCCGGUGCCGCCGCCACGCGCCCGCCACCGCCACAGCCCCCCGCGCGGCGCCUCCGUCGACCGCUGCGACGAGUUCGACGCGGACAGCAUCACCCUAGUGCGUGUCGAGCCCCGCUCUAUCGUCGGGUCGUACGCGCAAAAGACGAUACCGUACCGUAGCGCUUCGUUCUCGCAGGGCGACUUCGCGCAGGGCAAGUACUACCGUAGUGCCGAUCGGCAGCAGUCGAUAUUCGACUUUGGGAAGACGCCUGCUAAGGCGGAGUCUCGGCAGGCGGAAGAGCGGAGCAGUGCUGAUGCUGGGAGUUCGGCUACAGAAGAGAAUGUGACAGAGGGGGGGUCAGUCGCUUCCGUCGACUCCGCCGUCGGCUCUGAUGAGGGCUUGCUGGCGCACGCGUCCCCGGCUCCAAGGUCUCCACCACCAGGAAAUAAACAGUUUGGGGCUCGUUCAUUAACGCAUCCUUUGCCGCGUCGCGUGCCCCCUGUGCGGGAGGAGGGCCCGGCCGAGUCAGGCGGUAGUCUGCCUGCCUUAGCUCCGCGUGUGUUGCACGAACUGCGUGAAGAGAGUGACGGUUCACAAGCCGACAGUGCGCAGGCGCACAGUGAAGGUACCUCACCUAUGGAACCUGCUCAGCCCUUCGCUUUCCCACCUCUACCCGCUCCUCCCCCGAACGUCUGCGCAAAUGUAGACUGUGACUGUGGUAAAUUUCCUGCAACCGGCGAAGAGACUGCGAGUGCGAUCGCGAGUUCAAUACCGGUGCCCGUGUAUGAGUGUAUAGUGAAACAGUGGUCGAAAGAGUUACCGACAGAGGAGGCACAGCGCUCGGACGCGGCGUCCGACGGCUCGUUGGACCGGGACAAGGAGGACGAGACAAUCACGCGCGAGCAAGUGGCGAAUUUGUUGGCGGCCGUGCAAAACCCGUGCACGCCGGCUCCCAUCGGUGCCAGAGAGCGACGUCGGCCAUUAGACAAGACUAAGAGGCGGAAAGGGAUUUACAUAACGACCGCCAGCGACGACGGUGGAGAGGAAGACCCACCUUCCACGAUGAAUGGCUGCAAACGUGAAAGCAGUGACGUCUCCCUGCAAGAAAUGCGCCUCUCUGCUGAAGCCCGGACCUCUUCACUACUCGGCGACAAAUCGGACGACUCGUGCACCAACGGGCCGCCAAGCCCCGCUGAAAGCGCCACACCCAUUUGGCCGCGUUCGGAAGAGCUACGAGCGAGACGCGCCAGGUUCUCCCAACAGAGCUCCGACGAGAGGGAGGAGGAAACAUACAGGGUGAGACGGAAGUACGGUGUCACGUCGCGCGGGGACUCCCCCUCGGAAGCGGAGAGCGACACGUGCUCGCGGGACCGCACCGCAUCGCCAUCCCCGUUUACACCAUCCGACACGUCUGACGUGGAAGCGAAACGACACCAGGCGGCGAGAGGCCCGUUCGGCCGCAACCUGGAGGCGCCGUGCCGCUCGGUGGAGUCGGGCAGGAGGAGUUUCUCGGACGCAACUGUACCCUGUCGCAAGAUCAGCGCCGGGGCCGCUCCUACAUCGGGCGCCAGGCCUCGUGGGCCGACGCACGUGAGAGCGACAUCGUCGCCUUCGAAACUAGCCGGCGUAAAGCCCGGCGCCGACCUGCUAGCCGAGUUGCUGCGCGGCAGUUCCGAGGCGCUUUCCAACUCGUCCGCCUUCGACAACGUAAUAUUGACGCUGCAUCAGCACAACGUUACACCUAGCUGCGUUACUAGUCGUGGGAGCGAUGGCAUAUACUCUGUACUGCGCGAAGAGCACUGCGCAGUCCAGUUAAGC